AUGUGUUAUUAUUAUGUAGAUAAUUGUGGCGAAGAGCUGAAUACAACAUCACCGAGAACGAUUUCUUGGACCGCACAAAACGAAUUACAUUUCCUUUGCAUUUGGAGAAUCAAGAACCACCUUGGGGGCAAAAUUUUACUAACGGUAGAGGAACUGAGGCUUAAAAGGGAUUACGGUCUCCUUUUAAUCUUGGAUGGUCCGGAUUGCGAUGCCAAACCAAUUCAAAAUUUCAAGGGAGUUUUAAAAUCAAAAGCUCAAACAAUUAGUAGUUCUUCCAAUGUAAUCAUCAUAGUUUUAACGGGAACUGCAGAUUCCCUAUCCUCAUUUCGAGCAAGUUUUGAAUUUGGAGAAGUCACCAAUACAAUGGAAAGCAUUUCCGCCGCUAGGACUCAUUCAACUGCAUCAACUGCAUCAUCAAAUAAACCGAAAUUCAUUACGACUUCUGGAACAAAGUACAUAACGGAGGAUAGAGAAGGUAUCCAUUCCAAUGUGUGA